ACGAUUUUACCGCAGAGCUGCGAACUACAACAGGUUACGUGGCUCUCAGCUAGGUUGGCUUGCCGUAGCCGGUGCAUUUGUCGCAGGCACUGGAGCAGUUAAUUACUGGUUGAAAGCAAGACAGUCGAGCAUUUUACCGAGUUCGUUUGUGCUAUCUGCAGCAUCAAACGACAAAGAAGUGCCUGAUGUUCAGAUAGACUUGUCUUUAAAACAAAUGAAGUUUGAAGAAUAUGCUUCGUAUGAAUAUGGAGGAAAACGGUUGAUGACCCCACAAGAUUUUCUUAAUUCUUUGGUUGACAACAAAGAAG